AUGGCGCUCUCGAAGUUUCCUCGGUGCUCUCCCUAUGAGGAGUACGAUGUCGGCCAAAUCUUGACCCUCAACGUCCUGCCCGAGCAGACCUCACCUUCAUCAGAGCUUCGGGUGCGAGUUCGCCAGCUUCAAAAGCCACGAACACUCUCCUGCGCCAUGGUUGUCGACAUUUUAGAUGGUUGUAACCAGGAAAUCCAACCUGCGACCGCCUUCCUGAAGCUCUUUGACCGACGCUUCGCCGAUCAGCUUCGACGGGAUAAUGGAAUUGAUCCAUGGACAAAGAGCAUGGAGGAGAGCUACAUUAAGUUUGUCCAUGGCGGCGGAGUUCACCAUUUUCUACACGACCUCCGACACGUCCAGGAUUUUCAGGAGAAGACCGAAGACGACUGGGAUGACGCUCAGAACGAGGCUUUUCUAGCCAACGAACUACUGCGACUAUACACGGCUGAGACGGCUACCUACAACGCACUACGCAACUACCAGGGAUGUCUGAUUCCCCGUCUUUUCGCGGCAGUUAAUCUCGACAUUACGCCACCAGACGCGCAUGGCGAAGUUAGCUUGCCGGAGGAGCUCUUUCAGGUCAAAGGAAUCUUGCUCCAAUACAUAAAAGGUUUUAGUCUAUCAGACCUACCGGAUCGCACUCCUCAGUCGUCAUGGCAAAAUAUCGUUGACCAAGCGGUAAACAUUGUUCGCGUCCUCGGCGACAAUAAUAUUUUGAACAACGACGUGCGCCCUGACAACUUCAUGGUUUUCUCGAAGGGCAGUGGAAAGGACGAGUCAGACCUUGAUUGGGGGCGGGCGAAAUAUACCAAGGACGAAGAGGGAGCUGUUGGGCUAGUUAUGAAGAAGAGGCUGGGGAAGUAUGGGUUUGAGCUUGAUUACGCAAGUUCUGAGAGAUAUAUCAAUUGGGCUGAGGGAGAAGAGGAAGAGGGGGAUCUAACCCAGAAAGGCUUCCGAAAAGAUCAACUUAAGCAGACACAGUCGACCACAAUGCCACUGCGACAACUCUUCCCCGAUCCCCAGGACUCGGCCGGCGAAGUGGCCAAGGUUGAUAUUAUCGCCGUCCACGGCCUGAAUCCUCGAAGCAAGAAAGACGCCGACCAUGCCUGGGACACAUGGCGCACGCCUCCUGGUCCGAACGGCCGCCUCUGGCUCCGCGACGAUCUCCCCAAAUACAUAGCCGACUCGAGAAUCUUCCUAUAUGAAUACAACGCGACGGCAGUCUACGGAGAGGACCACGACACGUUUUCUGGGAAGGCGAAUGAGCUGCUCGAGGCGAUUCGAAUCAAGAGAGUUGACGUGGAGACCCGGCCAAUUCUGCUGUUGGGUCACAGCAUGGGCGGACUGUUGAUCGAACAGGCGCUGGUCAACGCCCAUAAUAACCCAAAAUAUACGUCUAUCAAGAAUGCGACAAGAGGACUGGCCUUCUUUGCCACACCACAUGACGGCGGUGAGUGGAAGCGGGUGACCAUGGGAAAGUUGACAGCCAAUAUCGCCAUCUCCGCGGGGUUCCAGAAAGGGGACAAUCUGGUGGAGGUUCUGCACAAGGGGAGUAUCUUCACGGACGUCUUGAAGGAACACUGGAGGCAUCAGUUGUUGGAAUACGACAUUGUUUCGUUCUGGGGGGCUCGGGACAACAUUGUUCCAAUGGAAAGUGCGCGAUUCGGAUUACCUGGAGACCGUGAGAAUGUGGUAAAACUGAACGCGGAUCACGGGGAUGUGUGCAAAUUUGGGGAGAGUCAGACGGAUCAAGACAACUUCGAGUUGGUGCAGAGUAACAUCCAAGACAUGUACAAGAACGCGCUCAAGCUCCGCUUCGCGCCACCGCAUCAAACUUGCCAGCCUUGUCACUAUAUCCCCUUCCGCAAGAACACGCGCUUCGUCGGACGAGAGAAAACGCUUGAUGAACUUCGAGACAAGCUAUUCGACCAGGAGUGUCAGACGGUCGCGCUUGCGGGACUUGGUGGUGUAGGCAAGACACAAGUCGCGCUCAAGCUUGCACAUUGGACGAAAGAAAACAAGCCAGCCCUCUCCAUCUUCUGGGUGCCUGCACUGAGCAAUGCUGCCUUUGAACAGGCAUAUGCCGAGAUGGCGAGGAAGCUCCCGAUUCAGAACAGAAGCGAGGGCGAGGACACCAAAGAGUCGGUGCGACAGUACCUGAGCUCGGAGGCUGCCGGGCCGUGGCUUCUCGUCGUGGACAACGCAGACGAUACGGCAGUCCUCUUCGGAGAGCCAGAUACACCAGGCGGAAUAAGCAAAUACCUUCCAAAGAGUGAGGAGGGGCUGACACUGUUCACUACACGAUCCCGAGACGUGGCAGGAAGGGUUGCUGGGAGUGAUGUGGUCGACUUGGUCAGGAUGGACUCCCAGGAGGCGACGAGUCUUCUGGAGAGAUUGUUAACUCGAAAGGAGCCCAUCAUUGGCACGGUACUUCAGGAAUUGCUGGAAGAGCUCACGUACCUUCCCUUGGCAAUCACACAGGCGGCGGCCUACUUGAACAGGAACCAGGUGUCGAUUGCCAAGUACUUGGGCCUGCUACGAGGCACGGAGAAGGACAUGGUCAGCUUGAUGAGCAGGGAGUUUUGCGACAGCAUGCGGUACGAGGGCACACAGAACGCCGUGGCAACGACGUGGAUUGUGUCGUUCGAGCAGAUCCGUCGGUUGGACAGCGCGGCAGCGGAUCUGCUCUCGUUCAUGUCGCAGAUCGAGCCGAAGGCGAUUCCGCAGUCCCUGUUACCGAAGUUAGGAUCAGAAGAGAUGGUGCACGCGAUUGGCACGCUGUGUGUGUAUGACUUUGUGGCCAGGCGGGACGACGAAAUGCUAGACAUGCACAGUCUCGUGCAUCUAGCGACGCGUAUAUGGGUGAGGGAAGGCCUUGGGGUCCAGGUGGCAGAGAAAGCAAUUCGGCACCUUGAGGCGGUAUUUCCGUCUGAUGACUACGAAAAUCGCAGCGUAUGGAGAGAGUACCUGCCGCAUGCUCUACGAAUUCUUCAGGGAAACGAGGUUGAUGACCUAGAAGAGAAGUACAACCUAUGCUUCUGGGCAGGACGAUGCUUGCGAGUAGAUGGGCGGAUUAAGGAAGCUGUGAAGUGUCUAGACAUAUGCUAUAGAUGGAGGAUGGACAACUUUGCCGACAACCACCCUGACCGGCUUGCUUCACAGCAUAAUCUUGCAAGUGCCUACCAAGCCGACGGGCAGAUCAAGAAAGCUGUCGCGCUGCUUGAGCAGGUCGUGGCUAUUCGAGAGACGAUACUUGCCGACAACCACCCUAGCCGGCUUACUUCACAGCAUAAUCUUGCAAGUGCCUACCAAGCCGACGGGCAGAUCAAGAAAGCCGUCGCGCUGCUUGAGCAGGUUGUGGCUAUUCGAGAGACGACACUUGCUGACAACCACCCUGACCGGCUUGUGUCACAGAAUACACUUUCAUACUUGCACAAACUUCAAGCAGCUAGUACUAAUGCCAUUACAUAGCGCUGCAUUUUCACAACUGCCAUUCAAACCUAGUUUCCAACUUGCUUAUACUUUGCAUAGAUAGCAGCUAUCUCACUUUAUCUCCUCUUCUUAAUUUAUCUCUCAUAGCGUGUCAUAGGACGGGUCUGGGGCGAUCGAUAAACUUAUAGUUUUGGAACCAAAUUCUAGUAUCUACGAGAUGGUUCGUUGGCAGUGGAGUUGUAGUCAUGUCCCAAAUUUGUAAAUCACGUGGUCAAAAUUUGUGGCAAGCUGAUUUUAAAUAUCCUUUAGAUAGAAACAUAACAAGACAGCA